AGCGGCGCGAGGUGCGCGUGCCCGCCUCCGGCGCAUGCGCUGUGGCGGCGAGGGCGAGAAGCGGAAUCCGGCACUCGGCGACGCGCGGCGGGUUUCGUGCAGGCCGGGACGCCAUUUUCUCACAGCCUUCCCAUACGUGUUGCCAGCGCGGCUCUCUGUCCCGCAUUUCCGCGCUUUGUUUCGCUCGGCGAUGGACGGCAUUGUCACUGAUGUUGCAGUUGGUGUGAAGAGAGGAUCUGACGAACUUCUUUCAGGCAGUGUACUCAGUAGCCCGAACUCUAACAUGAGCAGCAUGGUAGUUACUGCCAAUGGUAAUGACAACAAGAAAUUCAAAGGUGAUGAUAAAAUGGAUGGGGCUCCUUCUCGUGUUCUUCAUAUCAGAAAAUUGCCUGGGGAAGUGACAGAAACAGAAGUUAUUGCUUUAGGUUUACCUUUUGGGAAGGUAACCAACAUCCUAAUGCUGAAAGGGAAAAACCAGGCAUUUUUGGAACUUGCUACAGAAGAGGCAGCUAUCACUAUGGUUAAUUACUACUCUGCUGUUACUCCACAUCUCCGUAACCAACCUAUCUAUAUCCAGUAUUCCAACCAUAAAGAACUAAAGACUGAUAACACACUUAACCAGCGGGCUCAAGCUGUUCUUCAGGCGGUGACGGCUGUGCAGGUGACAAAUGCUCCCAUUAGUGGGACCACUGUCAGUGAGAGUGCAGUGACUCCAGCUCAGAGUCCAGUCCUUAGAAUAAUAAUUGACAAUAUGUACUAUCCUGUGACCCUGGAUGUUCUUCAUCAGAUAUUCUCUAAGUUUGGUGCUGUAUUGAAAAUAAUCACAUUCACUAAGAAUAACCAGUUUCAAGCUUUGCUGCAGUAUGGCGAUCCAGUAAAUGCCCAGCAAGCAAAACUAGCUUUAGAUGGUCAAAAUAUUUAUAAUGCUUGUUGUACCCUACGGAUUGAUUUUUCCAAAUUGGUGAAUUUGAAUGUCAAGUACAACAACGAUAAAAGCAGGGACUACACUCGUCCUGAUCUUCCAUCUGGUGAUGGACAGCCAGCGUUGGACCCAGCUAUUGCUGCAGCAUUUGCAAAGGAGACCUCUCUUUUAGGGCUUCCUGUUGCAGCUGUUCCAGGAGCUCUGAGUCCUUUGGCUAUUCCAAAUGCUGCUGCUGCAGCUGCAGCUGCUGCUGCUGGCCGUGUGGGAAUGCCUGGAGUUUCAGGUGGUGGGAAUACAGUCCUCCUGGUUAGCAAUUUAAAUGAAGAGAUGGUUACGCCCCAAAGUCUGUUUACCCUCUUCGGUGUUUAUGGUGAUGUGCAGCGUGUGAAGAUUUUAUACAAUAAGAAAGACAGUGCUCUUAUACAGAUGGCUGAUGGAAACCAGUCACAGCUGGCCAUGAGCCAUCUUAAUGGACAAAAAAUGUAUGGGAAGAUUAUUCGGGUUACUCUUUCUAAACAUCAGACAGUGCAACUACCUCGAGAGGGACUUGAUGACCAAGGGCUGACUAAGGAUUUUGGUAAUUCACCUCUGCAUCGCUUCAAGAAACCUGGUUCAAAAAACUUUCAAAAUAUAUUCCCUCCUUCUGCAACACUUCAUCUGUCAAAUAUUCCACCAUCAGUAGCAGAAGAGGAUCUACGCACAUUGUUUGCUAACACUGGAGGCACUGUGAAAGCUUUUAAAUUUUUUCAAAGAGAUCACAAGAUGGCACUUCUUCAGAUGUCAACAGUAGAAGAAGCUAUUCAGGCUUUGAUUGAUCUUCACGAUUACAAUCUGGGAGAAAAUCACCAUCUGAGAGUUUCUUUCUCUAAGUCAACUAUUUAGAAAGGCAGAUUGAAAAUGAGGGUGUAUUGCAUUGUUUGGUGUUGUCACCUAUUGACUGUUCAGGAAAGUGGGGACCAGAGUUUGUCUUCAGUUUUUUAUUUUAUUUUCAUGCUGUUAUCAUUCCUUGAUUGUUUUAAAAAAGAAAUAAAUUUUAAAAAGCAGUGAUACUAACUGCUGUUGUUCUACUGUUGUUUAGAUAAACCAUCAUUUUGUUUAAAAAAUUUCAAGUUAAUACCACAGUUUUUCAACUUAGUUGACAUACGUGCCUUAAAAAGGAGAGCUAGUACUGAUGGAAUUGCAUAACUAGUGAAAAGAAAAUUUGGUUGUCUGGGGCACAUUGUUACAUGAUAAGUUAAAUAUGUUUAGGCAGGGGUGUGUAAAAAGGUUAAGCUUUUGUUUCUCCUGCUUGAUAGAUAUCUUUAUGUGCUGGCUUGUCACUUAUUUUCUUUUUAAUUGGAUAAGAUGCAUUACGCUGAAGGAGUAAAAUGGCAUUUGAUUUCUGCUACUUUUUGCUUUGUGCUCUUUUUUGAAAAAGGCCUUUUGUAUUUCAUGGUUCUGGUCUAGAUUCAAUUAAAUUAACAAGGUACAGAAUCUUAAUUUCUUAAAAGGACAAAAAAGUGACUUCUGUGACUUUGAGCCCUACGUGAAAAGCAUUGUGGAAUCUUAACCUUUUUGUACACACUCUUGUGGGAUGUAUCAUAUAAAUGUCAGCACUAAGUAAUGUCUUGUUUGUGGCUGAAUAUUUUUCGUAGAUGUUUUUGAAGUUGACAUGACUUAUGUGCAUUUCAAUAUAUAUUGCCAUCUUUAGUUUGUAAUUAAGAUAUGGAAUAUGGUUGUGGAUUUCUGAGCAUGUGCAGACUGGUCAAGCUAGUUCAGGAAACGGUGCAUGUAUUUUUCAGUGAUGGAGAAAGUUUGCUGCAAAUGCUUGCAGGAAAAUUUGGCAGUUUUUGAAAACUGACAGCCAGGUGGGACCAAAGUUUAUGUGCCUUUAGUCUUAAUUUACCUUGCAUUGUAAUAUUCAGUUUUAAUAAAUCUCUUCAAAAUAUUUUGUAUUUAGAAAUUGAUCUGACUUUACUAUAAACAUGGCUUAGAAUCUACAGAUCCAGUUAAUUUUAAAGCAGUUCUCUCAGUCUGAACUGUUACCUUGAUUCUGUUUAAAUGACCAAUACUUUUUGAAAUUGAUGUACUUAGUUUCAAGAUUCAUAGAUUCUGUUAUCUAUGUAGAAAAAAAAAUGGUCAUGUAUAUUUUCUAUUAGUUGGGUUUUUACAUCUUUAGAAUUGUAAAAUCCAGUAUAGUUUGAAAGUGGCACAAUUAAAAAUUAAUUUUCUAACAAAGUUGGGAGGUUUGAUGGUUGUUUAAUUUCAUUUUGUGUGUAUUCUGCUUACCUCUGUAGCAUGCUCAAUAAACACUUCUGUAGCUCUGUA